AUGGGAGUAAGAUCUGCUGCAAAGGAAAUGCAUGAACGGGACCACACCUCAGACAGUUCCAGUUUGGUAACUUCCCUAAUGAAAUCUUGGAGGAUAUCAUCGGUUACUUCCUCCAAGAAACCAUCAUUGUACAAAAUGAAUACCACUGAAUCCACUAGUUUACCCUCGGGUUACGCUUCCUCGGCAAACAGAGAUCGAAGGACCAGUGACGGUAAUUUCGAGGCUAUGGCAAAACAACAGGCAAGCACUAGACGUACCUCGAAUUCUUAUUCGCCUCUACGAUAUGUGAGCCCCACUUUAAGCACUGCAAGUAACGAAAGUCCCCGGCCCGCUUUACUCUUACGUCAGCACCACCAGCGCCAUCACCACCAUCAACAACCACGCCAUAGUAGCAGUGGUAGUGUAGGCAACGGUUCUAGUAACAGCACAGAACCUAGCAAAAAGGGUGAUCGAUAUUUCAAAGAUUUGGAUGAGGAUUGGAGUGCUGUUAUUGACGAUUAUAAUAUGCCUAUCCCCAUACUCACUAAUGGUGGCUUCGGUACACCUAUAGCUCCAACAAGGACUUUGUCGCGAAGGUCUACCUCUUCCUCCAUCAAUUCGACUUCGAUUACGGGACCUUCCGCAGUACGGAAUUCCUCCUCCUCUUUCACAUACCCUCAAUUACCACAGCUGCAAAAAGAACAAACUGAUGAUUCCAAGAAGACUCAAUUGGAAAUCGAAAACGAACGGGACGUUCAAGAAUUAAACUCCAUCAUCCAGCGCAUUUCUAAAUUUGACAAUAUUUUGAAGGAUAAAACAAUCAUAAAUCAACAAGAUUUGCGCCAGAUUAGUUGGAACGGUAUCCCAAAAAUACAUAGGCCCGUUGUUUGGAAAUUAUUAAUAGGAUAUUUGCCUGUGAACACUAGGAGGCAAGAGGGUUUCUUGCAAAGGAAGAGAAAAGAAUAUAGGGAUGGUCUAAAACAUACCUUUUCUGACCAGCACUCAAGGGAUAUUCCAACUUGGCAUCAAAUAGAGAUAGAUAUACCGAGAACAAAUCCUCAUAUUCCCCUAUAUCAGUUUAAGUCCGUACAGAACAGUUUACAACGAAUACUUUAUCUUUGGGCAAUUAGGCAUCCUGCUAGCGGGUAUGUGCAAGGUAUUAACGAUUUAGUUACACCAUUUUUCGAGACUUUUCUCACAGAAUAUCUGCCGCCUUCGCAAAUAGAUGAUGUGGAGAUAAAGGACCCCUCUACGUAUAUGACAGAUGAACAGGUCGCAGAUUUGGAAGCAGACACGUUUUGGUGUCUUACCAAAUUGCUGGAACAAAUUACUGAUAACUAUAUUCACGGACAACCAGGAAUAUUGAGGCAAGUGAAGAAUUUGAGUCAGCUAGUGAAACGAAUUGAUGCUGAUCUAUAUAACCAUUUUCAAAAUGAGCACGUGGAAUUUAUACAGUUCGCAUUCAGGUGGAUGAAUUGCCUUUUAAUGAGAGAAUUCCAAAUGGGCACAGUAAUAAGAAUGUGGGAUACGUAUUUAUCUGAAACUUCACAAGAGGUCACUUCUUCAUAUUCCAUAUCGUCCAAUGACAUCAAGGCCCCCGUAACUCCAACAGAACCUCGGGUGGCAAGUUUUGUAACACCAACAAAAGAUUUCCAAUCUCCCACCACAGCACUUUCUAAUAUGACCCCGAAUAAUGCAGUUGAAGACAGUGGGAAAAUGAGACAGUCUUCGCUCAAUGAGUUUCAUGUGUUUGUUUGUGCUGCAUUUCUCAUUAAGUGGAGUGAUCAGCUAAUGGAAAUGGAUUUUCAAGAGACUAUAACUUUCUUACAAAACCCUCCUACUAAGGACUGGACUGAAACGGAUAUCGAAAUGCUCCUGAGCGAAGCCUUUAUUUGGCAAUCUCUUUAUAAAGAUGCUACGUCCCAUUGGCUGUAA